AUGAGCUGCUCCAAACCCGACAUCCUGUGGUCCCCGCACCACCCAGACCGCUACGUCAUCUGCGACUCGGAGCUGGGCCUGUACCGGAUAUGCCCCACGCUCCCCUCUGAGUCAAAGCCUGGCACGCUCCCUCUGUCCGACCAGACCGCUGCCACCCUGCUCGCCAUCAACUCCGACACGCCAUACAUGAAAUGCGUGGCCUGGUAUCCCAAACACCAACCCGAGUGCCUGCUCGCUGUGGGACAGGCUAAUGGCAGAGUUGUACUCACCAGCCUUGGACAAAGCCAUAACUCUGAGUGUAAAGAGCUUGUCGGAAAAGAAUUUGUGCCAAAACAUGCGCGGCAGUGUAAUACAUUAGCGUGGAACCCUGUGGAUAGUCACAUACUCGCAGCUGGUUUGGACAAGCACAGAGCAGACUUCUCAGUUCUGCUUUGGGACAUUAGCAGUAAGUAUUCCCCAGAAACCAGCGCAGUCACUGCAGACAAAACCCGCUCGACUUUAGACCUGGAAUCCAAUACGGUGGUGACCAAGCCGCUGUAUGAGCUGGGACAAAAUGACGCAUGUUUGUCGCUUUGCUGGCUGCUUCGGGAUCCGAAGUUGCUGCUCGCGGGGAUGCACAGAAACCUGGCUAUUUUUGAUUUGAGGAACACCAGCCAGAAGACGUUUGUAAAUACCAAGGCCAUCCAGGGGGUGACGGUGGACCCCCACUUUCCGGACAGGGUGGCCUCAUUCUUCGAGGGGCAGGUGGCCAUUUGGGACCUGAGGAAGUUUGAGAAGCCGGUGCUGACACUGACCGAGCAGCCCAAGCCACUCACAAAGGUGGCCUGGUGUCCGACCCGCACUGGUCUGCUCGCAACUCUGACCCGCGACAGCAACAUCAUCCGUCUGUACGACAUGCAGCACGCGCCCACGCCCAUCGGGGACGAGACGGAGCCCACCAUCAUCGAGCGCAGCGUGCAGCCGUCGGACUCUCAGAUCGGGAGCUUUGCCUGGCACCCGUCCUCCCAGAACCGGAUGGUUGUUGUCUCCGCCGCCAACCGCAGCAUGACCGACUUCACCGUGUUCGAACGCAUCUCCCUGGCCUGGAGCUCCACCUCCUCGCUAAUGUGGGCCUGCGGGAGGCACCUGUACGAGUGUGCGGAGGAGGGGGAGGGGACAGACACCGACACGGACAUCGCCACUAGGAUGAGGCAGAGGGCUCAAGGCAGGUACGGCCACGACACAACAAACGUGUGGAGGAAUCAUGUGCUGGCAGGAGGCAAAGACCCACAGCUCAAGUCUCUGUGGUACGACCUCUCUUAUAUGAAGCAGUGUGCGGAGGACCUGGACCUCAAGCUUCAGGGGAACAAGCAGUCUGUGGUCUACUCCGGGAUCAAGAAUAUCGUCAAAACCAGCUCCGGUGCUUCGGAGAGCCGCCGGUGCUGGAGCGGCUCAGAGCGGCAGACAGAUGUGCCGCGCUUCAACAGCGAGGAGCGCAGUCUGGCCCUGAGGUUGUGUGGCUGGACGUCCCGUGGGUCUGAGCAGGAUGUGGAGCUCCUCUUGAGGACGCUGGAGCAGGAGCAGGAGUGGGAGAGAGCCGCCGCUGUGGCUCUAUUCAAUAUGGACAUACGGCGAGCCAUCCAGAUCCUCAACAAGGGAGCUACUGCAGAGAGGGGUGACCUUAACCUGAACGUGGUGGCCAUGGCCCUGUCUGGAUACACAGAUGAGAAGUCGUCUCUGUGGAGGGAGAUGUGCAGCUCUCUCAGACUGCAACUCAACAACCCCUACCUCUGCGUCAUGUUCGCCUUCCUCACCAGCGAGCCCGGCGCCUAUGACGGAGUGCUGAAUGAGAGCAGUGUGGCGGUCAGGGACAGAGUGGCCUUUGCCUCCAUGUUUCUGAAUGACACUCAGUUACCUCGAUACAUUGACAAGCUCAGCGGCGAGAUGAAGGAGACAGGGAACCUGGAGGGUAUCCUGCUGACCGGACUGACGAAAGACGGAGUGGACCUGAUGGAGAGCUACGUGGACCGGACCGGAGAUGUGCAGACAGCCAGCUUCUGCAUGCUCAAGGGCUCCACUGGGGAUGUGCUGAAGGACCCUCGGGUUCAGUGCUGGAUUGAGAACUACAGGAACCUCCUGGACGCCUGGAGGUUUUGGCACCGACGGGCGGAGUUUGACAUCCACCGAGGAAAACUGGACCCCAGCUCCAAACCGCUAGCACAGGUGUUUGUGAGCUGUAAUUUCUGUGGGAAGUCCAUCUCGUACAGCUGCGCGGCCAUGCCUCACCAGGGCCGCGGCUUCAGUCAGUACGGGGUCAGCGGAUCUCCCACCAAGUCCAAGGUGACCAGCUGUCCCGGCUGCAGGAAGCCUCUCCCCCGCUGUGCCCUGUGCCUUAUGAACAUGGGCACACCGGUCUCCAACUGCCCAGGUCCGGGAAAGUCCGAGGAGAAGACAGAUCUGACCAGAGAGAACAAACUGGCUCAAUUCAACAACUGGUUCACCUGGUGUCACAACUGUAGGCACGGCGGCCACGCAGGACACAUCCUCAGCUGGUUCAGAGACCACAGUGAGUGCCCCGUGUCGGCCUGCACCUGCAGAUGCAUGCAGCUGGACACAACGGGGAACCUGGUGCCUUCAGACAGCAGCUAG